AUACCCCACAUACUGGAAAGCAGAACAGAGUCCCCAAUACUACACAAUCAAUUAGAUUCAGAGCAAUGGAUGUUCUCAGAUUCACCUCAAACCUUAGCACCACUACCAUGCUUCCAAUCUCAAAAAAACAUGAAACACAACCUCCUCGUAUAAGGUUUUCUGUUUCAUGCAGAGCCACGAAACAGCAGGCAUGUGUGGAGGAGAACUUGUACAAGGUACUGAGUUUGAGUCCCAUGAGUGCAACCACAGAUGACAUAAAGAAAGCGUACAGAUCAAUGGCUCUUCAGUACCACCCCGACGUCUGCCAUGACGGUUCCAAGAAAGAAGAGUUGACCAGGAUGUUUGUGCAGCUCAACGCCGCCUACACCACCUUGUCCAACCCACAGCUUCGAGCGGAUUAUGAUUAUGAGUUGGGUUUGAGAAGCGAGAAAAGUGUUGGUGAUGAGAGUUGGAGAUGUAGGUGGCAGGAGCAGGUGGUUGAGUUGAAGAGAAGGUCUCACACGCGUAUGGCACAGAGGAACGGAUCCUGGGGCUCUAGAGUCAGAGCACGAAACAUGAACUGAAAGCAAACAUCUGAAUGAACCACUUCAAAAUCUCAGAUAGUUUUGGAUUAGCUUGUGUUUUUAUUUCGAUGAAUAUCUGUAAUAUGUAGUUCAGUUUUUCAAUACUACAAAUUACGCAGGAUUAGUUCAACUGCAGUCGUUGAUGUAUGUAUAAUAAUUUCUCUGUAGUAAUUCCAUUUUUCUCGCUACUUCCUCA